AUGGAUGCUAUUGGAGCGAUAUCCAAUGAAAGUCAAACCUGUUUAAAUCUUUUAGCACAAGACGGUAGUCAAGAUUGUCCUUUAGAAAAAUCGUACGGUCACCUUGAGAUGCUUAUCGAUAUAAAUCAGCAAUUGUUAAACGUUAUUGGAGUAAAUCACACAGCGAUUGAAAAUGUCUGCCGUAUAACGGCAAAAUAUGGUUUUCAUUCUAAACUAACUGGAGCUGGUGGUGGAGGCUGUGUUUUAACGCUACUUCGAAAUGAUACUUCUGCCACCGUUUUGGCAAAUCUUCGCGCUGAUUUAGAGCACGCUGGUUAUGAAAGUUGGGAGACAGUAGUUGGAAGUUAUGGUGUGUUAUAUCAUACUAAAGAUGCAGACACUAACACCGAAAGUAGCAAUUAA